AUGAAGGCUUUCAUUACUACCUGUCUAAGCUUGAGCAGCCUUGCCCUCGCUGCUGUCCCAGGCUUUGAUAUUUCUCACUACCAGUCGAACGUAGACUUCGGGGCAGCAUAUAGUUCCGGGGCACGAUUCGUUAUCAUCAAAGCUACAGAAGGCACCACUUACCAAGACCCCAGCUUCAGCACCCACUACACCGGCGCCACCAAAGCCGGCCUCAUCCGCGGCAGCUACCACUUCGCGCGCCCCGGAUCGUCCUCCGGCGCCGCCCAAGCGACGUACUUCCUCGCGCACGGCGGCGGGUGGUCGGGCGACGGGAUCACGCUGCCGGGGAUGCUGGACCUAGAAGGUGAUUGCGCGGGCCUGUCGACCAGCGCCAUGGUCGCGUGGAUCAGGGACUUUAGCGAUACGUACCACGGCAGGACGGGACGGUAUCCGCUGCUGUACACGAACCCAUCGUGGUGGUCGAGCUGCGCGGGCGGGUCGGCCGCGUUCGUCGGUACGAAUCCGCUUGUGCUUGCGCGGUAUGCUGGGAGCCCGGGGGCGUUGCCGGGAGGGUGGCCGUAUUAUACGAUUUGGCAGUUUGACGAUGCGUAUAAGUAUGGGGGCGACUCGGAUACGUUUAAUGGAGAUCUCACGCAGUUGAAAAAAUUGGCUUCUGGCUAG